ACGCAUCUAGCCUCACACUUCGCUUUGCAUCCUCGCAACUCGCCUCGCCUCGACUUACACCGCACGAACCCAACAUAUCUACCGACCCAGCGCGAUGCCCUUCAAGAAAGGUGGAGGCCACCACAAGGGCGCCAAAGGCAAUAAGAGCACACGUAUCAGUCUGCCAGCAACGAGAACGCCGACGAGAAAUGACGAUGACCAGGACGAAGAAAUGGCCGACCAAAACGAGAUACAAUACGAUGCGACCCAGCCCGAUAUCGAAGAUGAUGAAGCAGACGAUGUUGCGACCCCCGCCGUAGAAGAGGACAGCGACGAUGAUGAUGACGAACCGCAGGUCACUACGAUACCCAGGCGGAAAGCUCGAGGAGGGCGACGAGCGUCGCGCAGGGUGGGAGAUGACAAUACGCCCGAACCGGGAGAUGAUGGCAGCGAAGGUGGAACACCUUAUAGGCGGGGAAGGAGAGGGCGACCUUCGGGGUUUGGCGGCAAUACGAGAGGACGCGGUGGUUUUCGUGGGCGACGACGUGGACAGAAAGAAGAAGGGCCGAAAACCGUGACGGACAAGAACGGCAACGUUUUGGAGGUGAUAGACGAUGAGGCGCAAGUGGACUGGGACCCGGAAGGAGACGAGAAAGUGGACGCAAAUGGCAUCUUGCAGGGCGGCCGAGAGUAUCGCGUGCGGACCUUCACCAUCAUGGGCAAAGGUGAAAGACGGUACAUGCUGAGCACGGAACCUGCGAGGUGCUGUGGCUUUCGGGAUAGUUAUCUGUUCUUCACAAAACAUCCGAAGCUGUACAAGGUGGUGGUGGGCGAGGAGGAGAAGAAAGAUCUGAUCGAGCGGGGCAUUCUACCGAGCAGCUACAAAGGCCGAAACAUUGGUGUUGUCUCAGCGCGAUCGGUAUUUCGCGAGUUUGGCUCAAAGAUUGUCGUCGGGGGCAGGCGGGUCAUAGAUGACUAUCGAGUAGCUGAUGCGCACGCGGAGGGCGCAGUAGAGGGAGAUCUGGCAGACCCUGAUGACCACGUCCCGGACAAGCGCGAAGAGUACAACCGCAACCGCUACGUCGCGUGGUUUGGAGCAAGCGAUGUGUACAAACAAGGAGGCUCGACAGUGCCGAACAAGCAAGGUCCAAUCGGGAAGCGCAGGAACAAUAUUACUUUGCAGAACUGGCAAUUCAUGCAUGCGCGAGAAGCGAGUCGCUUCAACUCGCUGCUAACCAUGUCACGGGCCCAGAACCUCAACGGUGUCUACGACUACAACACGAACAUGAUGUUCUACCCUAAAAUCAUGCAGCCGACGCACGCCAAGUGGACAUACAUACCACCUGGAACAGAUGGUAUCGACGAGAAGCCACUGACCAACGGAUAUACGAAUGGCGAUGUGAAUGGCGACCAUCAUUCCGCAGGUGCCCAUGGCGAAGACACAAUCUUCUCGACAGUUCCGGCUGCGAUCUCGCGCAAUUUUAGAGUCAUCGACACGGUCUAUAGCGCCCCUCCGAUAUCCCACGCUGGCUAUCCUGGCCCAGAUGGGCAUGUCGAAGACCCGACAUCUGGACCGAAUGGCUUGUCGACAGUGUCACAAGAUCUCAUCGACGAACUCCCUGCCGAGUGCAGAGUGGCUUUCGAGGCUGCGCGAGCCACAGAACUGAAGUGGAAGAAGCAAUGGGAUACGGAGGCCAACAGCGGUCACCGCGGGCAUCUAAAGAUCGGCUUUAACGGGUAUCCUGUUUGAUGUUAUACGGGCGUUGGGCGAAUAAGGCGUUGUGCGAGCAUUCCUAGCCGUGUAACUUCACCCGGCGUGUCGAAGAGCCGGCUAUGUGGAAUGAGGCUGAUGUCCUGCCUGAGGCUGUUGUUCUCCUGUUUCUGUGCUUUCUGGGUCUGCAUUUUAUGAUUUCUCGGUCUGCUUUCAGUUUGGUGCUUGGAGUGAGGGUGAACAGACAGACUCAUAGGACAUCAGUUCUCGAUAGAAGAGGAAUGCGGAGACGUCAAAACGCC